UCACAAAGCCCGACAAUACUCGGAAUUGUAUUACUUCUAGGAAACUGACUGUGCGCCAUUGCUGUACUAGCUCCGUUCACAAAUACCUGCCUUACACUCAGGUUUCGGGAAUGGCGAACUGUUCUGCGGAAACUGAGCGAAACAGCCAAGCCCUGAUCGACAGCCAGGGCAAUCAAUGGGGGCAUUGGCCUGAAACAGAGGAUCCAGGAAUCUACGCUAUCAAACAGGGUGGAUGGGUCAUCUACGUGGGGAGGACCGGCAACCUACACCAACGUCCGCAGUCACACUGCUACGGACACAAGCAAGCCAUCGACAAACAUAUUCGUCGUACCGCUGCCAGAAGGCUCAGCUACAACUUUGUGGUUGACCCCGACCAGAGGUGUAAUGAGCGCUGUUAUAUACACCACAUUACUGAGUUGCAAGGUCGGUGGCCAAAGUUCAACAGAACUAGGGGAGAUGCGUGUACCCAGUGUCGGAGAAGAUUAACCCGCUGACAAGGAUACAGAAUGUGCGAUUCUCUGAAACGAAAUCCAGAAUGUCAUGAAUCAGUUGAAGAAGGAAGUUCAUCUGACUUGCCACAAGCUGGCUGAAUAAUGUGUAUAUACAUCUGAGACUUGUGUUAAUCUUUGCCACGUUCAUUCACGAAGAUAUAUAAGAGAGUGAGUGAGUGAGUUAAUAUUUAUCGUCACAUCGGCAAUAUUAUAUAAAAGAGAAAUAAACAUGAUGACAUUGUA